UCACGUGACUCAAGUCUUGUGACAGCGAGCGCGAGCAGGAAAAAACCGUCUUGUUGAGUUUGAUGAGGAGUUUCACUCUCAACUAACGCACAUUUCUCUCUUACAAACGAGAGGAAUCAAGUAGAAGUUGCGAUGGCGCAUCUUUAGAACAUAUAAACGUGUUACUAACUGUUUAUUUACCUAACACUGUGAGCGCGGGAGUUGUCGCAUGGAGAGCGCGCAGCAGAACUUUGUUUUGGUUUGUGUUUGAACUCCAGUGAUCGUCCACGCCACAGAACCUCGAGAGGAUUUCAGGUCCGUUUGGUGAACAGGACGCCUCGGAUCAGACAGUAUGGAUAGUAAACCUCUCCUCCAGGACAGACCUCCAGCGUACAACGCAGUCCCGGGCGCGUAUGACUACGGCUCGAUCCCCGCGGCCGCUCCACCCGCGGCGGGCUUCCAACCUUCAGCAGCGCCGCCCUAUCAAGGCUAUCCAGCGGCUACUUCCGGUUAUCCAUCGGUCCCCGGACAGCCUGCUGCCGUAGCCGCCCAGCCAGCCUACACCAGCACCUACACCAUAGUCCAGCCUUCUGUUGUGGUGGUGGGAGGAUGUCCGGCCUGCAGGGUUGGCGUGCUGGAGGAUGAUUUCACCUGUCUGGGAAUCAUGUGUGCCAUAUUCUUCUUUCCUCUGGGAAUUCUCUUCUGCCUGGCACUGCGUCAGAGGAGGUGUCCAAACUGUGGAGCCACAUUCGGCUAGAGGGACCGAAACCCAUCACUGAAUUUUUAGCUCUGUUUUAAGCAUCAGCAUUGUAAUCACAAUAGUAAGCAGCCACAAACUCUGUUUUCUUCAGGAAGAUGUUUCUUUAGUUUUUACAUGCCUUGCAAGCACUGAUUCCCCCUCCCCUCUUGUUAUGUACAAUCUUAAAGUCCUCCAGUCAUCUAAUCACUAGUGCCUUUACCAUAAACGGAAUGAGCCUGGACUCACUAAGGGGUAAUUCACAGGCAGACAUGCACCGACUCACUCAAGUAACAUUGUAUGUAUUGUAUAAAAGAAACGCAGACAAUUUCCUAACUUGAUUUUGAAUUGCAUCACAAUGUUUUAUUGGUUUUGUGUUUAAUAUCGUCUAAAUGGAGAUUUUAAUUGUAUUGGGAUAGAAAUUCACAUGACCAUUUAUCCACCCUGUUUUUUUUUUGUUUUUUUGUUUUUUUUUUAUAUAUAUAGAUUACAACAUACUUUCUAGCCCUCUGUCAAUCACGUCUUCGAGAUCCAAACACUUGUACCGCAUUUGUCUUUUUGUGUGCGUGUUAUUUCAAUACACACUGAGGUAUUUGUAUAUCUUGCAUUUCUGAAUCUGUUAGACAUUUUCUUUAAAUGACGUCUGAUAUUUUGGGGGCCAUGUUUUUCUUGUACUGCACUGAUAAUCAUUGUUUUAUCUGCUGGGCUCUUUUGAAAUUGUCUUUGAGUGUGUAAAUGUGCAGUUGUUUCACUCAAGGUCCUUGGCUAUCUCUGAGUUAAAAUAAAACCUGCAAUAAUCAAGGGAAGUUGGUGCCUAGAAAAUGUCACCUAAGGACAGGUACUGUAGAGUUACUCUUUGACAAUCAGUCUCGGGCUUGUCCAGUGUGAUCCAAUUCAUAAUGUAGGUUAGGGUCAUAGUGUCAUUGCCACAUUUAUUUUAUUAUGUACAUGUUUUUGGUGUGCUAUACAACACUAUGCACGCUAUCAUGAUGGGUUCUAACUUUUUCUUUUUUUUAAAGAGAUUGUAAAUAAAUUCUACAAGUGUU